AUGGCUCCUUACACAAGGCCACAGGGAUAUAAUAAUCAGAAUCAGCAGCAGGGGCAUCACCCUCCUCAGCAGCAGCAUGGUGGAAGGCAAGAAGAUGGAUUUGCUAGACUUGAAGCAAUGAUGCAGCAGGUUAUUGGGUCUAAUGCUAAAAUUAAUGAGAGAGUAGUCGCACAUGAUGCAGCGAUCAAGAAUAUCGAAGUGCAAAUGGGCCAAAUUUCGAUGUCUCUGAACAAUCAGGUGACAGUCCAGCCUGCUCAGGAAGAAAAUAGCACUCAGCUUGAGACCGAGAAAGAAGCUGAGACAGCCCAGGAACCAGUAGUUGAAGUGGCAGCUGAUAAAGAUCAAUCCCAAAUGAUUGGGAAGAAGAGACCUCCUGCACCCUUCCCUCAGAGGCUGGCUAAGUACCAAAAGGAGGAGCAAUACAAGAAGUUUUUUGAAAUGCUGAAACAAAUCCAGGCACUGUGUGAUCUAGGGGCUAGCAUCAAUCUUUUGCCCCUGGCGAUUUAUAAAAGGCUGGGCAUUGGGAGAGCCAGACCCACCUCUAUGUUGUUGCAGCUGGCUGAUCGGACUGUGAAACGACCCUCUGGUAUCCUGGAUGAUGUGCUGAUUCAGAGACCGAUGAUGAGAGGCUGA